GCUGCCCGGCGGGUCAGGGCGGGGAAGUCGCCGCCCGAAGAUGGCGGCGGCGGCGGGGCCGCACGGCGGGGCUGCGGCGGAGGCGCGGUUCAUCAGCAGCGCCAAGGGAAAGGGCUUGUUCGCCACCAGAAACAUCCGCAAAGGGGAAACGGUCUUCGUGGAGAGGCCGGUGGUGUCCUCCCAGUUCCUCUGGAAUGCCCUGUACAACUACCGAGCCUGUGACCACUGCCUGCGGGCACUGGAGACGGCGGAGGAGAACGCCCAGCGCCUGCUGGGGAGGAGCUCCCUGGUGCUGCCUCACCCGGAGCAGUGCAGCAUCCGGAAGGACCUGCACCAGCAGUGUCCCCGCUGCCAGGUGACGUACUGCAGCGCAGAAUGCAGGCAGGCAGCUCUGGAGCAGUACCACCAGGUGCUCUGCCUCGGCCCGUCCCGGGACGACCCCACGCACCCCCUCAACAAGCUGCAGGAGGCAUGGAGAAACAUGCAUUACCCUCCAGAGACUUCCAGCAUCAUGCUGAUGGCCAGGAUGGUUGCCACCAUCAAACAGGCUAAAGACAAGGAGUGGUGGAUCAAGGUCUUCUCCCAGUUCUGCAACAAGACAGCAAAUGAAGAAGAGGAGAUUGUGCACAAGCUGUUGGGGGACAAAUUUAAGGGCCAGCUGGAGCUGCUGCGCUUGCUCUUCACCGAAGCUCUUUAUGAUGAAUAUCUCAGCAGGUGGUUCACUCCAGAAGGCUUUCGAUCCCUCUUUGCCCUCGUUGGGACCAAUGGCCAAGGCAUAGGAACCAGCUCCCUGAGCCAGUGGGUGCACGCGUGCGACGCGCUGGAUCUGCCCAUGCUGCAGCGGGAGGAGCUGGACGCCUUCAUCGACCAGCUCUACAAGGACAUCGAGAAGGAGUCGGGAGAGUUCCUCAACUGCGAGGGAUCAGGGCUCUACGUGCUGCAGAGCUGCUGUAACCACAGCUGCAUCCCCAAUGCUGAGACAUCCUUCCCAGAAAACAACUUCCUCCUGCAUCUCACUGCUCUGGAGGACAUCGAAGCAGGAGAGGAAAUCUGCAUCAGUUACUUAGAUUGCUGUCAGAGGGAGCGCAGCAGACACAGCCGCAACAAGAUACUCAGGGAGAACUACUUGUUUACCUGCUCGUGUCCCAAGUGCCUCGCGCAAGCCGACGACGCCGACGUGACGUCGGACGAAGAGGAGGAGGGCGAAGGAGAGACAGACGAUGCAGAGCUGGAGGAUGAGAUGACUGAUGUGUGAUCCUGGCCCCGGGCGAGAGGAGAGGGAAGGGAUGGGAAGGGCCUGGAGGUUCCUCCAAGAGGCAGCAGCUUUAAUUUAGAACAGGGUUGUGUUGUGGGGUCGGGGUUGUGCAGAGGUGCCGGAGCGGGGCAGCCGGGAGCCGGAGGCAGGCCCUGCUCCUACCUGUCCGUGGUGUCCCUGUGCGUGUGUGUGUGUGUCAGGCUGUCCCUGUCCUCCCCGUGAGGACAAGCUGUGAGCCAGUGGCCCUCCAGCGCAUCCCAGUUCCCAGUAGGGCAGGCUGGUGGAGAGUGGGAUCCAGCCAGCCCCUGGGACACCAUGCUGGUCACCUGUGAGGUCACUCCCUGUGUCUGUGCAGGCUGUGGAUGUGGAGGAGCUUGUCCUUCCCACCCGGAACAUGUGUGUGUGUGUGUGUGUGUGUGUGUCCGUGUGUCUGUGCACGAGGGUACUAUUUAAUGUCUAUAUUAGCACUAUCUACACACUAUGGAGCUGGGGCCCUCAUGUAUCCUGCAUUCCAUGCCUUGGCCAGCAGUGAGGGGCAGGCGGAUGGAUCUUGCAGGGGAUGCCUUGGAGAGUGGCCCAGAGCUCAGCAGGGAGAGCAGAGCUGACCCUGCAGACACCUUCCCAGCUCGGCCCAUCCUUCCCAUGACACAGAGCCCUGGGCAGGACCGUGUGGGGAUGGAGAAUGGCCGGGAGCUGACAUGGGCUGGGGUGUCAUGCCAAACCCAGAAGACAUUUUGGGUUUUGUAGGGACGAGGCUGUGCCUGGAGAUGCAGCAUGUGCUGGGUGCCUCCCUGCACCCAGUGCUCCCACAUGGAGAUGUGCCAGUGCAGAGUGGCCCCACUGGAUGUCCCCUUGUCACCCAUGCCAUGCUGCCACCCUCAAGGCCACGCUGUGCUGUGCUGUCCCUGUGUGCAGACCAUGUGGCUGGAGGGACAACAGCUCCAAGUGACGGGCAGCAGGUCAGGGAUGCACCUGGGGUUAUUUCCUUCCUCCGUGGGUUUUAGGGAGCUGCUUCCUGCUGCCGUGUCCAUGGCAGCAGGACUGUGGGACCGAGGGUGGCACACCUGUGGCACUGCCAUCACCAUCAGCCCUGCCUCCCGCUGCUUGUCCCCAGCCGUCCCCUUCAGUGUUCCUAAUAAACCGAGACUGGUGACA